AUGGCUCGGCCUCAAACGCCGCAAGGAAGCCUGCGGCAUAGGAACGUCGGUUCCAAAAAGUCAGACGCAGCUUCGUUUUCCUCCGACUUCGAACUGGACAAGCUCUCCAAGGCCGCGGGGCAGAGAAAAGCAUCCAGCUGCGAGCGCGACCACUGGGUGGCCUUUAUAGCUACGACAUUCUUGGCCUUCGUCACUAGGUUCUGGGGCGUCACCCAUCCUAACGAGGUCGUCUUUGACGAGGUUCACUUUGGCAAGUUCGCUUCCUUCUACCUCCAACGAACCUAUUUCUUCGAUGUUCAUCCCCCCUUGGGCAAACUUCUCUUCGCCUUGAUGGGCUGGCUGGCCGGUUACGACGGCCACUUCCUCUUUGAAAACAUUGGCGACUCCUACAUUUCCAACAACGUUCCCUACGUGGCAUUCCGUACCCUUCCCGCCAUGCUUGGUGCAUUGACCGUGUCGGUGAUUUAUCUCAUCAUGUGGGAGUCCGGCUACAGCGUCCCUGCUUGCCUUCUCGCCGCCGGGCUUGUUCUUUUCGACAAUGCUCACAUUCUCCAAACAAGGCUGAUCCUUCUUGAUGGCACCCUGGUUCUUUCCAUGGCCUGCAGCUUGCUGUUCUACAUCAAGUUUUACAAGCUUCGACACGAGGCCUUCAGCCGCAAGUGGUGGAAGUGGCUCAUCCUGACCGGCUUUGCCUUGUCAUGCGACAUGUCGACCAAGUACGUCGGUACCUUUGCCUUUGUCACCAUUGGCUCCGCCGUCGCCAUCGAUCUCUGGGAGCUGCUGGACGUUAAGCGCCCGGGUGGCGCUCUCAGCCUCCCAAACUUUGGGAAGCACUUCGCCGCCCGAGCCGUCGGCCUCAUCAUCCUGCCGUUCCUGUUCUACCUGUUUUGGUUCCAAGUUCACUUCGCCAUCCUGUCGCGCUCCGGGCCCGGCGACGACUUCAUGUCUCCAGCGUUUCAGGAGACGCUGAGCGACAACAUCAUGCUUGCAAAAUCGGUCGACAUCCAGUACUACGACACCAUCACCAUCAAGCACAAGGAGACCAAGGCUUACCUGCACAGCCAUCCAGAGCGUUAUCCCUUGCGCUAUGAAGACGGUCGCGUUUCCAGCCAGGGCCAACAAGUCACCGGGUAUCCCCACAACGACACGAACAAUUUCUGGCAGAUUCUUCCGGUAAACGACGACAGGCAGCUGGGCCGGUUUGUCCGGAACAACGAAGUCGUUCGACUGAGACACAUCGGCACCAACAGCAUCCUCCUGACGCAUGAUGUCGCAUCGCCGCACUACCCGACCAACCAGGAAUUCACCACCGUCUCCAUAGAGGAUGCCUAUGGCAGCCGUGCCAACGACACGCAGUUUGAGAUUCGAAUUGAGAAUGGCAGGCCGGGUCAGGAGUUCAAGACGGUCGCGAGCUACUUCAAACUCAUCCACGUGCCAACCAAGGUGGCCAUGUGGACUGACACCAAGCCUCUGCCCGACUGGGGUUCGGGCCAGCAGGAGAUUAACGGCAACAAGCAGAUCGUUCCCAGCUCCAACAUCUGGACGGUGGAUGACGUUCCCGCCCUGGCUGCUGAUGAUGCUCGGCGCCAGAGACCCAAGCGGCAGGUGAAGAAGCUGCCGUUCCUGCAGAAGUGGUUCGAACUGCAACGUUCCAUGUUCUACCACAACAGCAAGCUGACCAGCAGCCACCCUUACUCCAGCCACCCUUACCAGUGGCCGUUUUUGCUGCGCGGCAUCAGCUUCUGGACCAACAACGAUACCCGGCAGCAAAUCUACUUGAUCGGAAACCCCCUUGGCUGGUGGUUCACCAGCAGCUUGAUUGCGGUUUUCGCAGGCAUCAUUCUCGCUGAUCAAGUGUCUCUGCGGCGAGGAAUUGACGCUCUCGAGCAUCGCGCCCGGUCUCGCUUGUACAACUCGACUGGAUUCUUCUUUUUGGCUUGGGCCACGCACUAUUUCCCCUUUUUCCUCAUGGGUCGUCAACUCUUCUUGCACCACUACCUGCCUUCCCACCUGGCUUCAUGCCUGGUCGCCGGUGCGUUGGUGGAGUUUGUCUUCAACGCAGAAGCCGCUGAUGAAGCCAAGACUUUGGGCAAGAGACCCAGGAAGCAUGUUACGUCCCGGGAGAGGUUUGCUGGCCAGAGCAUGAUGGGAUCAUGGAUUGCCAGCGCCGUUGUGAUUUGCGUCAUCGUCGCCGGGUACUGGUUCUUCGCUCCUCUGACGUAUGGUUAUCCGGGUCUCAGCGUGGAGCAGGUUGUCCGAAGGAAGUGGCUUGGCUACGACCUGCAGUUUGCCAAAUAA